AUGAUGCUCAUUCAAUUUCUAACGUUAGUUCAUCAGGCGCCGGAUACUGGCUUCGUCUGGACUCCCGGCCGCGUUUCUUCAAGUUCGACCCUGCUGCUGACCGCCAGCCUAACUCCGCAACGAAGCCCGCUUUUUCGCUUCAAUCGGCCAGCCAGUUGGCCUAUCGUGUUGACUGUGACUGCCCCUUGUUGGCCGGCCUUGCGACUCGCGGCAGAAGUCGUUUGGGACGAUGGUUGGUGA